UGAAGUGACAGGUCUCGAUGCUUCGAUAAUUCAACAGGUGAACAUGACACAUGAUCCAGUCAACGAGGCUCAACUGGUCAAAGAAUUGAAGGAUGAGGCUGAACAGCGCAGAGGCUUUGAAAUCGCGACGCAAGGGAAGGUCAUACCUAGUGGCCCAGCUGAAAAAGUAGAGGAAGCUGCUAAGAAUCUAGAAAGAGCCUUAAGUCUUGAUGGUAAUAUUGAUAAUAGCGCGACUACUCUGACAGCGGAGCAGUCAAAUGAAACACUCGGGUUAUUAGAUGUACCGCCCGACGAAGGAAUUUCUGAGUCUGUAGAAUGUGAACGCUUAUCCGAAUUAAAAAAAGUUGUCAGUGAUCACGCGUCUAAGGAAGCGGAAACAAAUAGAACCGGUGUGAGUAGGGGAAACACUACUGCCCUUUCCCAGAGUGCAAUGGACAAAUAUGUAACGGCUAUUAGUAAAGAGGCAGGCAUCGCUCCUUCAGCGAUUAAAGAUGUUGAUAUGGCCGUUAAACCAGUCGAUGAGACUCGACUUGCCAAAGAAUUGAAGAAUGAGGCCGAACAACGCAAACUCUUUGAAAUCGCGACGAGAGGAAAGGUUAUACUGCGUGGUCCAGCCAGAAAAGUGGAAGAAGCCUCCGAGAGGCUAGAAAGAGUCACACAUCUUGAUUAG